CGUCGCCGAGUGGUGUGCGAGCGACUGGGCCGUCUCGAAAACUGUCUCGUGGGUAGACUCAAACAUAUUAUUAAUAUUGACCAUAGUGCAUAUGUAUUUUGGUUCAUUGUUGAAAAGUACAUUUAACGAUACUGUUAUAUUUCUAGAAAAGAUAGAGAAUGGCUGCUGCCGCCGAGGUGAACGGUACUUCUGCCCUGGUGAGGGAGGAAGAGGAGCCUAUGGAAGUCACUGCCGAAGGCGAGCACACAGAGAACUACCAGACACUCAUCGACGCUGGACUGCCUCAGAAAGUGGCCGAGAGUCUCGACAACGUAUUCUCAACUGGCUUGGUGGCGUAUGCUGACCUGGAUGAGAGGGCCAUUGAUGCUCUGCGGGAGUUCAAUGAAGAGGGAGCGCUGUCUGUACUGUUGCAGUUCAAAGAAAGUGACCUGUCCCAUGUGCAGAACAAAAGUGCUUUCCUUUGUGGAGUCAUGAAGACGUACAGACAGAGGGAAAAGCAGGGAAGUAAAGUACAAGAAUCCACCAAGGGUCCCGAUGAGUCCAAGAUCAAGGCUCUGUUGGAGCGGACAGGAUACACCUUGGACGUCACCACGGGACAGAGGAAAUAUGGAGGGCCCCCACCAGAGGAAGUGUUCCAGGGAGCACAGCCUGGGAUUGGAACUGAGGUGUUUGUGGGAAAGAUCCCCAGAGAUCUGUAUGAAGACGAGCUGGUGCCACUGUUUGAGAAGGCGGGAACAAUCUGGGACCUGAGGCUAAUGAUGGACCCCCUGUCGGGUCAGAACCGGGGAUACGCCUUCAUCACCUUCUGCGGCAAGGAUGCAGCAGCUGAGGCGGUGAAACUUUGUGAUAACUAUGAAAUCCGGUCUGGGAAAUACCUUGGAGUGUGCAUAUCUGUAGCAAACAACCGCCUGUUUGUUGGAUCAAUCCCAAAGAACAAGACCAGAGAGAGCAUAUUGGAGGACUUUGGCAAAGUCACAGAGGGGCUUCAGGAAGUGAUCCUCUACCACCAGCCGGACGACAAGAAGAAGAACCGUGGCUUCUGUUUCCUGGAGUAUGAGGACCACAAAUCUGCAGCCCAGGCCCGCCGCCGCCUUAUGAGCGGCAAGGUGAAGGUGUGGGGGAACCCGGUCACUGUGGAGUGGGCUGACCCGGUCGCUGARCCCGACCCGGAUAUCAUGGCGAAGGUGAAAGUCCUGUUUGUCAGGAAGCUAGCCACCCCGGUCACAGAGGAGCUACUGGAGAAGACCUUCUCUGCGUUUGGAAAGCUGGAGCGGGUGAAGAAGCUCAAAGACUACGCCUUUGUUCACUUUGAGGACAGGGACGCAGCUGUGAAGGCAAUGGCAGAAAUGAAUGGGAAGGAGCUGGGGGGAGAGGAGAUUGAGAUWGUCCUGGCCAAGCCCCCUGACAAGAAAAGGAAAGAGAGGCAGGCUCAGCGCCAGACCACCAGAAACCCAGGGUAUGAUGACUAUUACUACUACCCACCGCCACGCAUGCCUCCACCAGGUAGAGGCAGGGGCCGUGGUAGCAGAGGGGGCGGUGGCUACGCCGCCUACCCCCCAGACUACUACAGCUACGAGGACUACUACGAUGACUACUACGGCUACGACUACCACGACUACCGCGGGGGUUACGAGGACCCGUACUACGGUUACGACGAUGUGUACAGCAUGAGGGGCCGUGGCAGCCGCCCCAGCAGGGGAGGGCCACCCAGGACCCGCGGAGCACAACCCCCACGGGGCCGAGGGGGCUAUGCCCAGAGAGGGCCACCCAUCGGCGGGCCCAGGGGUGGCAGAGGAGGGGGCCGUGGGGGACCAUUCCAACCACAGAGGGGCCGAGGUACCCGAGGAGCCAGGGGGAACCGCGGGGGCAAUGUGGGCGGGAAGAGGAAGGCGGAUGUCUUCAACCAGCCUGACUCCAAGCGCCGGCAGAUCAACCAGCAGAACUGGGGGUCCCAGCCCAUCGCCCAGCAGCCCCUGCAGCAAGGGGCCGACUAUUCCGGUGGUGAAGCGAGAGCGGCAUCGCUUGAGUGAGGAUUGAACUCACCCUGAACGGUGUUCCUUACAAAAGGCCCGGGUGAGCUAGUUGAGUACUGUCUCUCCUCACCUACAACUGCUGCUAAAAUCAAAGGGGGGGACUUCCAGCCACAGUCAUGUUAUUGUUGUUACUAAUAUACUACCGUGAGUGACGUAGGCCUACAUUUCAAUUGAUUAUUUUUGUCAGUGUCAACCACAUCAAUCCUUGCAUCCUCAAACUAGGGUAAUGAAGCUUCUAAAUAAUUGCAUUGUUAUUGUAAGUCUAGAUGGAAGACAAAUGACUUUCUCCAGAUUUGAAGUUAUCAUCCCCCUUACUUGGGAUGUAGCCUAGUCAUCGUGAWUGACCAAGAAGUGGUAGGUCACAGUAGUAUUAAAUCCAGUUGGCCACAUUUACUCAGAAGCAGAUUAGUUUGUUAAUAUACGGAAGGAAAUGGACAAAAGCAGACAGUCCAACUCGAGGCUUUUCUAUAAAGGAGAUCGGCCUAAACCCCCAACACCUGUCACUUGGACAAUUCCCUAUAUGGUGCGCUACUUUCAAACUACCGCUAGGGCCCUGGUCAAACGCGGUGCACUACAUGGGGAAUAGGRUGCCAUUUGGGACACACUUAGCUACACCCUGUUGUGAUAAUCGCUUCAGCUGUCACUGUCACAUUCUUUAAUCUCUAGAGGCAGCUUUCUUAACGAAAGCAAGGGGGUCUAGAAUUCCUUUUAUUUUCUCUAACAAAGCAUAUUUGUUUUAUUGGGCAAUUCURAACUGACAUUGGCUUUCUGUAUGAUGGAUACCUGUUACUACUGUGGUAAUUGAUAACUACACUGAUCCCAAUGCCUUUGAAGAAUACAAUUUAGUCAACUGCUGGGCAAGCGACAGAACAAAAGACAGUGCCUGGAAAUUGGUCUUUACAUUUUAAAUCCACAGGAGGGCAGUGUCUAUUUGUUUUACUGACGUGCCUUGUAUAUUGCACCAGCAAAUUUUAUUCAUGUUGUACACAAUGUAGCUUUGUAUUAAUGUCUGAUUUUAAAGGAUGCUAUUUAAUAAGAGUAGUUGUGUUUUAUAUGUUGCUUCUGUCACCAGACUGUAGGGGAGCUUCCCUCAAGCUAGCCCUCACCCUGCCCUUCCUGUGGACCAKUUAGGUUGGGCUCAUUCGAGAUGGAGUGGAUUUGUGGCCCUCCUCCUAAGGAGACCUCUGUUAUUUUCUCCAAACUCCCAGCCUGGGCCACAGUGGGCAUCGACAUCUCCCCUGACGAACUCCUGGCAUAUUUCCGAGCCCAGGCUGAUGAAAAAACUCCAAGGCUACUCUACUACAUUGAUMUCCUGUCCCCAUACCUCUCACCUCUGCUGCUAGUCUUUGUCAUAGCUGCUGCUGGCUACCAUGCUUACAGAAAAAUACGGAAAUGGAAGGAGUGGUCGGAGGCAGAUGCCCUGUCUAAGCAGCUACAUCAAGGCCUGGAACUUAAGGAGAGCCUGGCMGCAAGGGUGAGGGAGGCCAGUCAGUGCCUGGAGGCCCUGGAGGAGGCCAAGCGAGCUGUCCGGGGCAGAAGGGGCAGGCACUGUCGCCGCUGUGGCUCCUCCACCAGAUACCAUGAAGACAGCCUGCUGGACACCAGCARGAGACAAUAAAAUAUGAGGGGAAAGUUG